GCACGCGUUCCCCAUCUCGGCCACCGCACGAAAUCGAUGCUAUCUUGCCCCCCUGACGACAAUGCAUGCUCUGCGAGAGGCGCCGGGCAGGUGGGCUGCGGGCUUUGAUAAACGCAAUCGUCACAGGGCCCGGCCUGGCAGAUACCGCGUCCACCUCAGUUGACUUUCUCCGCUCAUGUCGUCGAACGCCUCCACUCAGACGGCCUCAGUCGCUGCGACGCAAACUACCACAGCUGCACAGCCGACGCCGGCGAGCACGCAUGCGGAAGCCGUAGAUUUGUCUGCUCAAGGCAGCACUACGGGCGAGCAAGCGGCAGGCGUCGAGAAUAUUGAUGAUGGCGACGGUGAUGACGAUAUCGAGGAACUCCUGGAGGAAGCCGGGCUGGAGCCAAGAGGCCAAAAGGCGGCUACGACUGCGGUGAAGAGGCCUCCAGGUAAAUGAGUGGCAUGAACACACCCUCGGUUUCUGAGCUCCGAAGCCAGUUUAUCAUUUGGAUCGAGUCACCAUUCAGUUUGCUUUGAGUCAACAACGAAGACUAGCUUUGAAUACGAAACAUUUUAUCAAUUUGUACAUCUACGUUAAGGAAAGAGCGUUGCCCUAGACUACUUGGCUGAUCUUGCGAGGAAACA